CCCUUCCCUUGAUUUCAGCCUUGGCUACCGCCCAGGCCUCCAGCAGUUGGUGCCGGAGACCUUUGUAUUCUGGGGCCAGUGACCUCUGAGCAGUGGCCUGUGGUGGGUUCUCUGCCACGUCCUCUUGUGUGCUGGGAGCCAGGAGCAGGGUGACUACUCCAAGUCAGCGCCACUGUCCACGCCUGCUCCAGCCCUGAGAUGCUGAAGUUCCGGACCGUCCGAGGGGGCCUGCGGCUCCUGGGUAUCCGCCGGAGUUCCACUGCCCCCUCUCCAAAUGUGGGGCACCUGGAGUACAAGCCCAUCAAGAAAGUCAUGGUGGCCAACCGAGGCGAGAUUGCCAUCCGCGUGUUCCGGGCCUGCACGGAGCUGGGGAUCCGCACCGUGGCCAUCUACUCCGAGCAGGACACAGGCCAGAUGCACCGGCAGAAAGCCGACGAAGCCUACCUCAUUGGCCGUGGACUUGCACCUGUGCAGGCCUACCUGCACAUCCCAGACAUCAUCAAAGUGGCCAAGGAGAACGGGGUGGAUGCCGUGCACCCUGGCUAUGGGUUCCUCUCCGAGCGCGCAGACUUCGCCCAGGCCUGCCAUGAUGCUGGGGUCCGGUUCAUCGGGCCGAGCCCAGAAGUGGUUCGUAAGAUGGGAGACAAGGUGGAGGCCCGGGCCAUCGCCAUCGCUGCAGGUGUCCCCGUGGUCCCCGGCACUGACGCCCCCAUCACUUCCCUGCACGAGGCCCACGAGUUCUCCAACACCUAUGGCUUCCCCAUCAUCUUCAAGGCUGCCUAUGGGGGCGGGGGCCGCGGCAUGAGGGUCGUGCACAGCUACGAGGAGCUGGAGGAGAAUUACACGCGCGCCUACUCCGAGGCGCUGGCGGCGUUCGGCAACGGCGCACUGUUUGUGGAGAAGUUCAUCGAGAAGCCGCGGCACAUCGAGGUGCAGAUCUUGGGGGACCAGUAUGGGAACAUCCUGCACCUGUAUGAGCGGGACUGCUCCAUCCAGCGGCGGCACCAGAAGGUGGUGGAGAUCGCCCCUGCCGCACACCUGGACCCGCAGCUCCGCACGCGCCUCACCAGCGACUCGGUCAAGCUUGCGAAGCAGGUGGGCUACGAGAACGCGGGCACCGUGGAGUUCCUGGUGGACAAGUACGGCAAGCACUACUUCAUCGAGGUCAACUCCCGCCUGCAGGUGGAGCACACGGUCACGGAGGAGAUCACCGACGUGGAUCUGGUCCACGCUCAGAUCCACGUGGCUGAGGGCAGGAGCCUGCCUGACCUGGGGCUGCGGCAGGAGAACAUCCGCAUCAAUGGCUGUGCCAUCCAGUGUCGGGUGACCACAGAGGACCCUGCGCGCGGCUUCCAGCCCGACACCGGCCGUAUUGAGGUGUUCCGCAGCGGAGAGGGCAUGGGCAUCCGGCUGGACAACGCCUCUGCCUUCCAAGGGGCCGUCAUCUCCCCCCACUAUGACUCCCUGCUGGUCAAAGUCAUCGCCCAUGGCAAAGACCACCCCACAGCCGCCACCAAGAUGAGCAGAGCCCUGGCGGAGUUCCGGGUCCGAGGUGUGAAGACCAACAUCCCCUUCCUGCAGAACGUGCUCAACAACCAGCAGUUCCUCGCGGGCACUGUGGACACCCAGUUCAUCGACGAGAAUCCUGAGCUGUUCCAGCUGCGGCCUGCACAGAACCGGGCCCAGAAGCUGCUACACUACCUGGGACACGUGAUGGUGAACGGCCCCGCCACGCCGAUUCCUGUCAAGGCCAGCCCCAGCCCCACGGACCCUGUGGUCCCAGCAGUGCCCAUAGGCCCACCCCCAGCGGGCUUCAGAGACAUCCUUCUGCGAGAGGGGCCUGAGGGCUUUGCUCGAGCCGUGCGGGGCCACCAGGGGCUGCUGCUCAUGGACACCACCUUCAGGGAUGCCCACCAGUCCCUGCUGGCCACUCGUGUGCGCACCCACGACCUCAAGAAAAUCGCACCCUAUGUCGCCCACAGCUUCAACAAGCUCUUCAGCAUAGAGAACUGGGGAGGAGCCACGUUCGACGUUGCCAUGCGCUUCCUGUACGAGUGUCCCUGGCGGCGUCUGCAGGAGCUCCGGGAGCUCAUCCCCAACAUCCCGUUCCAGAUGCUGCUCCGGGGGGCCAAUGCGGUGGGCUACACCAACUACCCUGACAAUGUGGUCUUCAAGUUCUGCGAGGUGGCCAAAGAGAAUGGCAUGGAUGUCUUCCGGGUCUUUGACUCCCUCAACUACUUGCCUAACAUGCUGCUGGGCAUGGAGGCAGCGGGCAGCGCUGGGGGCGUGGUGGAAGCCGCCAUCUCAUACACGGGUGAUGUGGCCGACCCCAGCCGCACCAAAUACACGCUGCAGUACUACAUGGGCUUGGCCGAGGAGCUGGUGCGAGCCGGCACCCACAUCCUGUGCAUCAAGGACAUGGCGGGGCUGCUAAAGCCAGCGGCCUGCACCAUGCUGGUCGGGUCCCUGCGGGACCGCUUUCCUGACCUCCCGCUGCACAUCCACACCCAUGACACGUCGGGGGCAGGUGUGGCAGCCAUGCUGGCCUGCGCCCAGGCUGGGGCUGAUGUGGUAGACGUGGCAGCUGACUCCAUGUCCGGGAUGACAUCACAGCCCAGCAUGGGAGCCUUGGUGGCCUGUGCCAAAGGGACUUCCCUGGAUACAGAGGUGCCCCUGGAGCGCGUGUUCGACUACAGCGAGUACUGGGAAGGGGCCCGGGGGCUGUAUGCAGCCUUUGACUGCACAGCCACCAUGAAGUCCGGCAACUCAGACGUGUAUGAGAAUGAGAUCCCAGGGGGCCAGUACACCAACCUCCACUUCCAGGCCCACAGCAUGGGGCUUGGCUCCAAGUUCAAGGAGGUCAAGAAGGCUUACGUGGAGGCCAACCAGAUGCUGGGUGACCUCAUCAAGGUGACACCUUCCUCCAAGAUUGUGGGGGACCUGGCCCAGUUCAUGGUGCAGAAUGGGCUGAGCCGGGCAGAGGCCGAAGCUCAGGCAGAAGAGCUGUCCUUCCCCCGCUCAGUGGUGGAGUUUCUCCAGGGCUACAUCGGGGUUCCCCACGGAGGGUUCCCUGAGCCCUUCCGCUCUAAGGUGCUGAAGGACCUGCCGAGGGUAGAGGGGCGGCCUGGGGCCUCCCUGCCCCCCCUGAACCUGCACACGCUGGAAAAGGAGCUGGUGGAGAAGCAUGGGGAAGAGGUUACCCCGGAGGAUGUGAUCUCGGCAGCCAUGUAUCCGGAUGUCUUUGCCCAGUUUAAGGACUUCACUGCCACCUUUGGCCCCUUAGAUAGCCUCAACACCCGCCUCUUCCUGCAGGGCCCCAAGAUUGCAGAGGAGUUCGAGGUGGAAUUGGAACGGGGCAAGACACUGCACAUCAAAGCCCUGGCCAUAAGUGACCUCAACAGGGCAGGCCAGAGGCAGGUCUUCUUCGAACUCAAUGGGCAACUGCGGUCCAUCCUGGUCAAGGACACCCAAGCCAUGAAGGAGAUGCACUUCCACCCCAAGGCUCUGAAGGACGUGAAGGGCCAAAUCGGGGCACCCAUGCCUGGAAAGGUGAUUGAUAUCAAGGUGGCAGCAGGAGACAAGGUAGCCAAGGGCCAGCCACUGUGUGUACUUAGCGCCAUGAAGAUGGAGACUGUGGUGACUUCGCCCGUGGAGGGCACGAUCCGCAAGGUCCACGUGACCAAGGACAUGACAUUGGAAGGGGAUGACCUCAUCCUGGAGAUUGAGUGAUCCUCCCCAGACUGACAGCCUGGCCAUCUCCACCCCAAGCCUUCAACAGAAGCUGCGCUGCUAGGGCAGGCCCAGGCCAGUGAGGACCUAAGGGCAGGAAGGCCUGGAUCUGGAGGUCCUGUACUCCACGGGACAGCAGCCAUUCCCUUCAGCCAUUUGUCCUUUCCCCUGGCGGACAGACAUUCACAUUCUCAUCUCUUGCCAAAUAAGGGUCUUCUCAUGAAGACUCCAAGUGGAAGAGGAGGAGGGCUCGGGCCCUUGGGAGGUUUGGGGGACCCGCCUCCUGUGGGGGUGGGGAAGACCUAAAUUCAAGGUCUUGGAAACUUUGCUCAAUAAAACUGGCUUUCCCCUGCCCUCCA